CAAUAUCUCCUCUAAUAUGUCCCUUUGAUGUGACAUUAAUAGGCUUGGAAAUGCCCCAUGUGGAUUUUUAUAAAAGCCAUUCUGGCACUUGGAACAAAAAAGGGUUUGCCUCUGGCUGACAGUUUUGUUUUUUGACGGACAGCUGUGUGUAUCUGCCUAUUUUAUUUUUUAUUUUUUUUACCGUCACACAAGGUGUGUGUUGUGUGUGACAUUGUGGGCGUCACUGUCUGUAGCGCAGCCUCCUCACAGGCCACUCCCGGGAAGCGCGCUGCUGUUCUGCGAUACAGACGGACUGACCGACGGAGUGCGUUCGCCCUCGUUUGCUUCGGUCGCUGUGCCGUGUCGUUAUUUUCCUGCGUCUUUGCACGCCGGUGUCACCCCUACACGCCUGCUCCAGUGUCCACAUCGGGGGUCGAGGUGGGGGCACGUAACACCGGAUCCAUGGCGCCGAGCAGUAUGUAGCACCUGGAGCUCCGCGCACAUCGCCUCCCUGCUGUGCUCCUCCUCCUCCGUCUUUUCUCCCUCCCGGAGCGCUUGUUUCACCUUUCGGGAAAAAACAGAACCAUCGCCUGCACAAGGAUUUGGGGAUAUUUGUGGGGUGGGUGGGGGGAUUUGUGUAUUUCAAAGGAGUCUGUGUUCAUCCCCGCCGCUUUGCACCUUCUCGGUCGAUGGUCUUUGAGGAAGCUUCCAUCUUGAGUCCCGUAUCUACCGAGAGAACCAUGGCGAGCGACUCCCCUGCGCGGAGUCUGGACGAGAUAGACCUGUCUGCACUACGGGACCCAGCUGGUAUCUUUGAGCUGGUUGAACUGGUUGGAAAUGGCACCUAUGGGCAGGUCUACAAGGGUCGCCAUGUCAAAACAGGCCAGCUUGCUGCCAUCAAGGUCAUGGACGUCACAGGAGAUGAGGAAGAGGAGAUUAAAGCCGAGAUCAACAUGCUGAAGAAGUACAGCCACCAUAGGAACAUUGCAACUUAUUAUGGAGCCUUCAUCAAGAAAAACCCUCCAGGAAUGGAUGACCAGCUAUGGCUGGUGAUGGAGUUCUGUGGUGCUGGCUCAGUGACGGAUCUGAUCAAAAACACCAAAGGGAACUCUCUGAAGGAAGAGUGGAUCGCUUACGUCUGCAGAGAGAUCCUCAGGGGUCUGACCCAUCUCCACCAACACAAGGUCAUUCACAGAGAUAUUAAGGGGCAGAAUGUGCUCCUGACGGAGAAUGCUGAGGUUAAAUUAGUGGACUUUGGCGUGAGUGCUCAACUUGACCGUACAGUUGGACGGAGGAACACAUUCAUUGGUACUCCAUACUGGAUGGCCCCGGAGGUCAUUGCUUGUGAUGAGAACCCUGAUGCCACAUAUGACUUCAAGAGUGAUCUGUGGUCGCUUGGUAUCACAGCUAUAGAGAUGGCAGAGGGAGCCCCACCUCUGUGUGACAUGCAUCCAAUGAGAGCCCUCUUCCUCAUUCCCAGAAACCCUGCCCCGAGACUGAAGUCUAAAAAGUGGUCCAAGAAGUUUCAGUCAUUCAUAGAGAGCUGUCUGGUGAAGAGUCACAGCCAGAGGCCGAGCACUGAGCAGCUCCUCAAGCACCCGUUCAUCAGAGACCUUCCUAACGAGCGGCAGGUUCGCAUCCAGCUGAAGGACCACAUUGACCGCACCAAGAAGAGGAGGGGGGAGAGAGAUGAGACAGAAUAUGAGUACAGUGGGAGUGAGGAAGAGGAUGAGGAGAGGGACAUCGGAGAGCCCAGCUCCAUCAUCAACAUUCCCGGCGAGUCCACUCUGAGACGGGACUUCCUGCGUCUCCAGCUGGCCAAUAAGGAGCGGUCGGAGCUGAUCCGGCGCCAGCAGUUAGAGCAGCAGCAGAAUGAGGAACACAAACGCCAACUACUGGCCGAGAGACAGAAACGCAUCGAGGAGCAGAAAGAACAGAGACGGAGGCUGGAGGAGCAACAGCAUCGGGAGCGGGAGCUGAGGAAGCAGAAGGAGCGAGAUCAGAGAAGGAGGUAUGAAGAGAUGGAGCAGCUCCGCCGGGAGGAGGAGCGGAGGCACGCAGAGCGAGAACAGGAGUAUAUCCGUAGACAGCUGGAGGAGGAGCAGAGGCAGCUGGAGAUCCUGCAGCAGCAGCUCCUGCAGGAGCAGGCAUUACUGCUGGAGUAUAAGAGGAAGCAGAUUGAAGAGCAGCGUCAGGCAGAGCGGCUGCAGAGGCAGCUGCAGCAGGAGCGAGCAUACCUGGUGUCCUUACAGCAGCAGCAGCAGCAAGAGUCACCACGACCGCCCCAGGACAAGAAGCAGCUGUACCACUACAAAGACCAGGCGCCCAGCAGCAACGACAAGCCCGCCUGGGCCAAAGAGGUGAUGCGUCGAGCACAGAGCAACUCGCCUCGCAUUCCUCCCAAGAAAUACCACUCCUUCAAGGAGACCCGAGAUAUCAACCUUGACAACCUCCUUUUGCUCCCUGGUUACAAACCUCGCCCCCGCCCCCCUUCUUACCCUGCCCACGUCAGCCCCUCUAGAGAACACCCUCACGUGCCUCGAAUCCGCAUCACCUGCGUUCCUGACCGUGACUCCUGCCAGCCAGUGAUGCGGCACCAGAGCCCAAUCAGGAACCCCGACUCCAGGGGCCGUAGCCCAGGGCGCCGGGUGGAGGAGCAUUAUAAGAUGAACAGACAGACUUCUCCUGCAUUGCAGCAUAAAGUAUCCAACCGGAUCUCGGACCCAUCGCUGCCGCCUCGCUCUGAGUCCUUCAGCAGUGGAGGCAUCCAGCAGGCCCGGACUCCGCCCAUGCACCGCUCGAUCGAACCACAGAUGGCCCACUUGGUGCAAGUGAAGAGUCACGGCUUGUCAGGCUCCCAGUCUCUGUACGACCCCCACGGCGUGUCUUCUUCCUCUGCGUCGCCGUCCCCCUCCCGGCCUCCCAUGCCCCGGCAGAACUCCGAUCCCACCUCCGACACCCCUCCUCCCCCACCCCUGUCCCGCCUGGCACCCCCCCUUGACAAGCUGGACCGCAGCUCCUGGCUGCGACAGGAUGACGACAUGCCUCCUAAGGUUCCUCAGAGGACGACCUCCAUCUCUCCAGCUUUGGUCCGAAAGAACUCUCCUGGAAAUGGGCCUGGACUCGGUCCACGGGCUGGAGCUCACCUCAUAAGGGCCAGCAACCCUGACCUACGGAGGACCGACGUUUCCAUGGAGACGCCCCUGAAGAGGACGAGCAGCGGCAGCUCUUCUAGCUCCAGCACGCCCAGUUCCCAGGGAGGUUCCAACGAGCGAGGUAACUCAGCUGCAAAGACUGAAGGCUCAACACUUUCUUCCCAUGACACCAAAGAUGACAGCAGGGAGAUGACCCGACCCAGCAGGCCUGCAAGCUAUAAGAAAGCUGUAGACGAGGAGGAUCUGGAUCUGACGGCUCUUGCCAGAGAGCUACGGGAGCUGCGUCAAGGUGAGGAAACCAGCCGCCCGCCUGUCAAAGUGACGGACUACUCAUCGUCCAGUGAAGAGUCUCACAGCAGCGAGGAUGAGGAGGGAGAGGGCGGGGCUAACGAUGGGACUGUGGCCGUCAGCGACAUACCACGCAUUAUGCCAGCAGCAAGUCAAGGUACCGAGUCCUUUGGCAUGAUGGAAGGUCACAACGACAGCCAUGGUGACACAUAUGGAAACAGUUCCCAGGACAGCACCCUUAUGAUGCGUGAGUAUGGGAUGGGAGGUGGCGGAGGCUCCAAGGCUUCCUUCACUCCAUUUGUUGAUCCGAGGGUGUAUGGGACUUCACCUACUGAUGACGAUGAUACAAACUCUGCCUCAGUGCUAUUUGCUGAUGAGCUGCUGAAGCAGGAGCAGGAGCAAGCGAGGCUCAACGAGGCCAGGAAGAUCUCAGUGGUCAACGUCAACCCGACCAACAUCAGACCACACAGCGACACACCUGAAAUCCGUAAAUACAAGAAACGCUUCAAUUCUGAGAUCCUCUGCGCAGCUCUCUGGGGAGUGAACCUGUUAGUGGGUACAGAGAAUGGCCUGAUGCUGCUGGACCGAAGUGGUCAAGGCAAAGUUUACAACCUGAUCAAUCGACGGCGCUUCCAGCAGAUGGACGUCCUGGAAGGACUCAACGUCCUGGUCACCAUCUCAGGCAAGAAGAACAAGCUGCGUGUUUACUACUUGUCGUGGUUGAGGAACAGGAUAUUACACAAUGACCCUGAAGUGGAGAAAAAACAGGGUUGGAUUACGGUUGGAGACCUGGAGGGAUGUGUGCACUACAAAGUUGUGAAGUAUGAGAGGAUUAAAUUCUUGGUGAUUGCUCUGAAGAACUCAGUUGAAAUCUAUGCCUGGGCGCCUAAACCUUACCACAAGUUCAUGGCUUUUAAGUCUUUCACCGACCUGCAGCAUCGCCCCCUGUUGGUUGACCUGACUGUGGAAGAAGGCCAGAGAUUAAAGGUCAUCUAUGGCUCCAGUGCUGGCUUCCACGUCAUUGAUGUGGACUCUGGCAACCCUUACGACAUCUACAUCCCCUCACAUAUUCAGGGCCAGGUGACCCCGCACGCCAUCGUGGUUCUGCCCAAGACGGACGGCAUGGAGAUGCUGCUGUGCUACGAGGACGAGGGCGUCUAUGUCAACACCUAUGGACGCAUCACCAAAGACGUGGUGCUACAGUGGGGCGAGAUGCCCACCUCCGUCGCCUACAUCCACUCCAACCAAAUCAUGGGCUGGGGAGAGAAGGCCAUUGAAAUCCGCUCCGUGGAGACGGGACACCUCGAUGGAGUUUUCAUGCAUAAGCGGGCUCAGCGACUGAAGUUCCUGUCAGAGAGGAACGACAAGGUUUUCUUUGCUUCAGUGCGUUCUGGGGGCAGCAGCCAAGUCUUCUUCAUGACCCUCAACAGAAGCUCCAUGAUGAACUGGUAACAAUUCUCUGGAAACUCUUGGGACCCAUUAACCACCUCUUCUUCAUCUUGAAUAUCAGCCACCAAGAGGAGGAAGGGAUAACAUGAGGACUGUGUGUGUGCAUGUGUGUGUGUGUGUGCGCGCGGGCAUGUGUGUGCGCGUGUGUGCGCGCGCUCAGGCGUGCAUCUGGACCUCAGGAGCGUGACCCCCACAUAAAUACUUCCACCCACAGGGGGUGCUCCAGGCCCAGUGAAUGGCAUCACUGCCUGCUGAGCCAAGUGAUUCCACAUAAUACUAUCAGCAGACAACGCCUUCUCCUUCCUUGUGGACUGUACGACUGGGCUAAUGGUUAAUCUGGAGACUUUAAAGGACAUGACGCAAAGCUUUUGACCUCCCUGUUUGACUCAGUGGGGAGCUGUGGAGAAGUUCUUUUUGUAGCACAUCAGUUACUUUCUUACAGGGUGUUCACACUGCGAGUAUCACUGCGGUGAUGCAGGUGUUUAUCUUUUACUGUGGUCUAUUGUUAUAGUAAGUAUAGUAGACUAGUUAUUAAGGUAGCAACAAUACCAGUACUACUGCUUUUACUGUGGCCUGAUUUGGACUGAAUCUGAAUCAUUUUGCAGAACAUCCACACUAGGCCUGUUUGAUUUGUAAAUAGGUUUCUUUAAGCUUCUGGCUGUGCACAUGAAAAUUGACAAUCAAUGAGAGAAACUUGAUGCCUGUCAGUCCAGAAAUUUAACUUUGUAUCCUGUAAGAGAUCAAACACGUCCUGUGGCACUUUAAUGAACCUUCAAUGUGACCAAUGGGAAUACACGUUUAGGAACAUGAUUUGGAUUUUACUGUGGGGUGUGUUUAGCCUGAAAGCCAAACUAACUCUCCUGCCCCCCCUUUUUGUUUGUAGUGAAAAGUUGAUCUGGAGUCUCUCUGUUGGGAACUAAUAAUACUCCAACAAAGAUCAAAUAAUUUAGGUGGGCUUUAUGUGGUGAUGGACAGUAGAGUAACAGUGGCAUAGUCAUAUAGGCCAUCUGAAGACUGUGGCAUUAAAUUAGUGUACAACUACAUGGCUCUGAUUGAUUGAGGGACUAUCCAAUUGCACGCAGAGUAUUUUUAACUCUGUGUCAGAUGGCUUGUUACAAAUUCUGUGUCUGACCAAAACAGAGCGAACAAAUUAUGUGAUGUAUACUUCUCAAUAAUUCCUUUAUUGCUGUUAACGGUCAAUAUAUUUUACUACAGACUCAGUAGCAGAAUUUAAUAGUUUGGCUUUUAUUGUAAACAAAGCUCUGACAUUCCCCAGAGAAGUUUUGUGGGUGGGACAGCUUUGGACCAGCAUCCAGUCUCAUUUUUAUGUUGUUGGGCCUAAUUUUCCAGAAGUGAAGGUCUCUGCAGCUGGAUGACAUGAAAUGAUAACAUGCAUCUGUUUGCAUCAGGUUUUUUUUUCUUUGUUUGUUUGUUUUUUGCAGUGGGAUUGUUUGACUGAGAUCAUAAUCAAGACUUUAUUAUAACGAAAGAAGACCUAAAGGAGAUAUUUUAUCUUCUUCUGACAAAAACACAAAUGUGAAAUGACACAUUUCAAAAUAAUCUGGCUUAGUGUGGAAAAGUACUGUUUGUUGUUAAUGACUCCUGAGAAAUAGUAGACUGAUUCUUGUAGCAAAAACUUAAGGAUGGCUUCUUUGUGCUUUUCCUUCUUAAAGCAAAAACGUAUCAGCAAAAAUGCAUUGACCUUGAACAGUCCAGUAUCUGUGGGAUCUGGAUGGAGCAGAUGUGACUCGAUUACGAUGUUGCUCACAGUGUGAACACUCACUUGGAGUGCUGCUGCUGCCGAAACACCUUCUAUCUGUUCCCACUGGGAAAGGAAAAUACUACUACAGAAUAAGCAGCCAGUGUGACAAGGAAAAUGGGACAUUUUACGCAUGCAGAUGCUUCACAGUUGACUUCAAUGGCUGCAUUAUCCAUACAUGUUUCUGCCAGAGGAAGGAAGGUUGUAGAUAUUGUACUAUUGUUGCAACAGCAACACACUAACAGAAUCUCCACAUCAUUUCUCACUAGAAAUCUUCGACUUUAGAAUAAUUAGCAACUUCUGGACGACUUUAUUUUAGCUGCUCUUUGUUCUCACCACCUUUUUUUUUAAUUGUCCAUACUGUUCUGUGUGCAUUGCACUUGUGUAAAUACUCACUUUGAUGUUAAGGACAGACUUGCAAAGCAGGGGACAAAAAUAUAAAGGUCUUGCUUUUAUUCUGGGUCAUACCUCUGUAAAUCUGUCUGUUCUGUAGUUUCUGUCAGAUUGGAGUUUUUCUUAGGCAAGCAAAGACUAACUCAGAGGCUUGUUUUAACACCUUUUGUCAGUAGUUUAUCAACUUUUAUUUAGUUGUUCAUUUUGCAUGGGGACAUACAUGGUUUUCCAGUCGUCACUUGUUUUGAAUGGUACAUUUGAGGCAAUAUGCUAGUGGAGGGGGAAGAUCUUUCACCAUACUGGGCUGGCUUAGCUGAUUAAGACUGAACACUGGAGAAUGAAACAUUUACCAUCCAGGUUCUUUUAUUUCGACGCUCACACCGAGAACAGCUUGGAAGGAGAGAGCUGGAGUGCCACUUCUUUAACUGUAAACACUGGUGUUUGUGGGAGGAAACUGCUUUGUCUUUUACUAGAUAUUCUUUUAUUGUUCGCUGAUCCUAAAGAAUCGAUGGGUGCAAGCGAUGCCACUUUAAGGCUAGCGAAGCCUAGCAUAUGUUAGUGCUGAUCAACACCCUGUGAAUAAAGGUCAGGAGGCAGGGUGCAUUUGAGGAACUAUAGAUUAAAAGAUAUAUAUACUGUAAGAAUUUCCGUUAUGAUGAUAUCUUACUAAUCAUUUAGAGGAAGACAAAAAUAAUGUUCACUUAUUAAAGCAUAGUUGUCUUUCUACAGAAUAGAGAACAUAGCUAUAAGAAUUUCUAAAAGAAAUACAAUGUUUUUAUUGUGGUAUUAUUUGUAUUUGUAUUUCAAUUUUUGUACGUAUCAAGACUGUGAACGUAUGUAUGGCUGUCAGCCUUUGUGUGUCUGAGUGUGUGGAUGAGCAGGUGUGCGCACAGGUGUGUGACAUGCAUGUGAGUGUAUGUUUUCACCCCGUCUGAAUCACUGGAAUCAGUCAAAGAAACCUCAGUCUGGUAACACACAUCUGUGAUGUUGGGAAUUCUACAAUAAAUGUCCUCUCAUUGUACAGCAACAA